GUGGUAACUGGGCUGUGACUCCCCAGCGUCUUUUGUGGAGCGCGGCAUCCUGGAGCUGCGUGUGAGGUGAAUAGAGUUGUCCUUCCUGACAGGGACACAAGGACUGGGUCCAGGGCAUCAAGGACGCACCCAGGAUAAAAAAUGUCAAUACUCACUUCUCCAAGAGGAAAGGUAGAAGUUGUUCAUUGCCGAAGAACAGAGUCACAGGAUAUUUAUUGUAUUCAAAACCUCAUUAGAAAAUUUACCCAGAAGCUGUUUGGGAGGCUUAAUAUCAUCUAUCUUCUGGAGAAGGCAAACCUUGCCAUUACUGUCUACAAUGACAAGGAGGAAAUCAUGGCCCAUGCCACCUUCCUGGACUAUCCCAACUGGAAUGUGGCCGAACAGGAUAACUGGGUAUCUUUGUUCCGGGAACUUGACAGUGACAUCCCAUGCACACCUCUGAACACAUUGUUCAUGCACCUCUUUGUGUCUGUGGAUGAAUAUUCUGUUGGCUGCUGCAAAGAAAUUAUUCGGACUGUGUUUAAGGCAGUGCCAGAAAUCUACUUCAUCUUCCUCAUAGUGCCAUCCUACAUGAGCCUAGGCUCAACUCUUAUAACUGUGUUUGACCAAGUGGGGAACAUUCCGAGUCUAACGUAUGAUGAAGACUUUGCCGUGCAUAUAUGUCACAGGCACAGCCAUUACCCUCAGCUGCAUAUUCGCAAAGCCAGGGUGGAAGAUCAUGAUGAUCUCAUGCCAAUAUUUAGGCAUCAGGACACAAUUCUGAAAGCGACUUACGGAGAAUACUUUCUGGCUGAACUAAUAGAGGCCCAAGAUGAAGAGAAUCAUGCUGUCGUAUGUGAGGUGGAAGGUGUAGCUGUUGGGUUCAUGAGCGUGUGCUCAAGAGUGAACAUGCAGCUCCUGCAUACGUGCUUUGACCUGGGGCUCUUUCAUGGACUCUGCGUCCCACAUCCUGAUGACGUUCUGGAACUACCACAAGAGCCAGGUGUUCAAGGAAGUCAAGGUGCUGAGCUCAAGAGUAGCAGCCAGGAUUCCCAGGAAAUAGUCAAGGAGCCACAAGAACCUGUCACUCCAGAGGGCAAGGAACGGGAAAGUAUCCAGGACUUAGAAAAUCUUUGUCAAGAGUCCACUGAAGAUACCAAUUACUGUGUCAGUAACAUGAGCUCAGCAUCCAUGUCACUGCCUGAAGAGACCCAUGACUUCCACCCCAUUUACAUGGGAGCCUCGUCCGCUUUCUGUAUACAGCUGUUUUGUAUUGAUGAGAAACAUGAAGCAAGGUCAUUGGACUUUAUGAAUUUUAUUUUCAGUCUCUUUCCUGACAAGAACUUCUGCCUCAUUUCUCUGCCACAUCUCACCCCUGAGUUUGCCCUUAUCCAGAACUUUGUGAAGAUAGUUCCCUUCAACAACUGCACCAUGGAGCAGGAUCUCUAUGUCUUCCAUCGGGCUGGAUUGCUCAAGACCAUUAAUAUAAGAUUAGCCAAUUUAUCAGAUACUUCUGGUAUUGAAAAUCUCGUCAGCACCCUCAUGCUCAAUAAAAGCAUAUUGGAAGAUCUAAAGCAAUACAAUGAGGCUCGCAGAGAUCCUGAUGGAACACCACUGCAAGCAUUUGUAGCUGAUGUGGCAGAACAAAUUGUUGGCAUUGCAGUAAUCAGAAAUGAAAUGGAUAUAGAGUACAUACGAUCCCAUUACAAUAUUGAAGAUUUUAUCUACUUCAGCCACUACCAGCACGAAGAGCAUGGACACCUGUAUCACUUUGCCCUGAACCCCAUUUUUCGGCACUAUACCAAGUUUUUUCUGAAGGAGAUACUCCGUUUAGGUUAUAAGUCCUGUCUCUACUACCCUAUUUACCCGGCUUCCAGGGAAGGCAAGUUCCAGAGCUCCUACGCCCAUUCCCUGACAUCCGCCCUUCAUUACUUGGUUCCCGUGCGACCGCGACGACAGAUUGUCUAUCCUCUGGAAAAGCUUGGCAUCAACGCUCCAUCAAAGGCUGUCUCCAAGGAUCUGUUGAGUUAUGCCUUGUACCAUACAAACAGAAAACUAACACUGGAACCUAAAAUAACUGUCAAUGCCAGGAUCGUUGUGGUUGGCGCAUCCAGUGUUGGAAUUUCCUUCCUAGAGACAUUGGUAUUUUGCUCUCACCUGAAGUUUAGUAAUCUCACACUAAUUUCAACCCAUGGACUCCCUGGAAAAAAACUACUGGGCACUGAACAAAGGAAGUUUUUAGCAAGCGACCACUGUUUUAAUGAUAAAGAUCACGCAUUGAUGUCACUGUGCUCCUGGGUCAAUGUCGUGGUUGGUAGAAUGACUGCCAUAGACCGAGCAGCCAAGCAUGUCAUGGUUUCCCAAAAAGAAAUCGUGCUCUAUGAUCACCUCAUCCUCUGCACCGGGCAGCAGUACCAGGUUCCAUGCCCUACAGGAGCCGAUAUUAGUCAACACCUGACAAACAGAGAGAUUCCAAACAGCAGUAAGCAGCGAUACACUGGUAAAAUUCCUUGUAAUCAUUUUACUCUCAAUGAUGAAGAAGACUGCUUGAAGGCCCUGGCUUGGAUAAGAAACAACUCCAUCAUCACAGAAGGGAAUGUCAUUGUCUAUGGGGAUACAAUUGACACUUACACCACAGUGGAGACGCUCUUAAACCUUGGCAUAAAGGGCUCCUGCAUCCACCUCGUGCAACCCCCGCCCACCUCCACCAUCACCUGCAUCAACAACUACUCAGUGGAAAGUGCAGUGGAGGACGCACUUCGAGAGGCAGGGGUUACCAUUUACCGGGAGGCACUCCUGGCUCAAUGGAACGAGGGCCAAAACCCAGACCCUAUUCACAGUGCCUGCUUCACCACGCCCACCAAGCCUUUCAAACUUCCAUGCUCCAUAUUCUUCAGCUUCUGUGAGAAGAAUGUGGAUUAUGAAACAUUUAAAGCACUCAAUGAUGCAUGCCUUGUCUAUGAUGGCCGACUUGUGAUUGAUGCAAACUUCCACACCAACGACAUAGCCAUAAGAGCUGCUGGUUCCCUCACCAAAUUCUCCAAUAGAUAUUAUUCAAAUGAGUGGAAUCACAGCAGCUUCAGUUCCAAAGAAGUUGGCUUCCAGCUGGCAGCAGCUAUGCUCAAUCUCUUUGACCCAACCCUGGAGCCUGUGACUGAACCACCAGCUGAUCUUGACCAACUCAUCCCCAUGUACAAGGGAGCCAAGAUCCAAGGAGGCAUUCUUCCUGGGUCUUAUCAUUACCUGCACAUCGCCAAGCCUGCCAUUUUAACUCCCUUGGAAGUACAAAUGGCUCAGUCUGAUUUUGGUUCAGAAAUAGUAACAGGUAAUGCGAGAAAUGGGAAUUACUUCCGAAUACAUGUUAACAAAUAUAAAAUGGUGGAAACCAUCACAUGCCUUUCUAAGGAGGCUUUCCCUACCUCCAACUACAUUUGCUUGUUUGGCCAGCAUGAGCAAGUCCUCAACAACCUGUGUGCUCGAUAUGAGGACAACAUGAUCACAGAUCUCUACAGCUUCUUCACGGAACCCUGGUGUAUAGCCCUCUUUCACGAUCGUUUUAUUGAUCUCAGGAAAGAGUUACGCCAAAUCUUAACCUCUAAGGAGGAGGAAAAUCUCCCUUCCAUAGAACAGUUAUCCCGUCAGAUAGAAGAUGAGGAAAUUAACCUGAACGAGAAGCCCAGGAAAUACCUCAAAAGAGUUUUCCAAGAAACCAUAUACAAGACGCUGGUGGAGAAGAGCAUCCUUGACUACCUGCAAUACAAUCACUACCACCUGCCCAUGUACGCGUGGCAAGGCAUCAUUUAGUUGUGGCCACAAUCUUCACUUUAUUAGUUUCCUACACAUGUAGUCUCUAGAAGCUCUCUGCUUAAGUAGGAUACCUCUCUGAAGCCUGGCUUAACAGCCAAGCACCACUGUCUCCUGGUUUUGUCUUUUCUUUUCCGCAUUUUCUCCUGUCGUUUUCUCUUGUCCCAGUAGGUGGCGCACGGCCGUGCAUCUCUAUUCUGGGUCAGGGACAGGCUUUACUAAUGCCAGACAUGUUCCAGGGCAGAAUAAUUUAUUUUAGCAAU